UCCGCGUGUGAACCAGCGAGCUCAUGGCUACUCUGGAGUCUCCCGGGAUGGAUGGCCAGACUGGAGACACGGAGACAGAGGUGCUACAGAGUGCAAGAUGGCAGUACUGUGGAGAGCCCGACGACAGGCAGAAAGCUGUGCUGGUCCAAUUCUCCAAUGGGAAGCUGCAGAAUCCAGGCAACAUGCGCUUCACCUUGUACAACAGCACCGACUUGGUAAACCCCAGGCAGAAGUGUCAUCGGAUCCUGGCCGCUGAGACAGACAGGCUCUCCUAUGUUGGAAACAAUUUUGGGACUGGCGCCCUCAAAUGCAACACUCUUUGCAGACACUUUGUGGGCAUUCUGAAUAAGACCUCUGGCCAGAUGGAAGUCUAUGAUGCGGAAGUGUUCAACAUGCAACCCCUGUUUGCUGAAGACUCUAUUGAGCAUGGGCCUCCUCUGGAGAAUCAGAACAAGACCUUCAGGGACAAGUUGGAUUCUUGCAUUGAAGCCUUUGGAAGCACCAAGCAGAAGCGGUCCCUGAACUCCCGGAGAAUGAACAAAGUCGGCAGCGAGUCUUUGAAUUUCACAGUAGCUAAAGCCGCAGAGAGUAUCAUUGACACGAAGGGCGUGAGUGCUUUGGUCAGCGAUGCCAUGCAAGAUGACUUGCAAAACGACUCCCUCUACCUUCCUCCCUGCCACGCUGAUGCCGCCAAGCCCGAAGACGUGUAUAGAUUUGAAGACAUCCUGUCCCCGGCCGAGUAUGAUGCUCUUGAAAGCCCAUCCGAAGCCUUCAGAAAGGUCACGUCUGAAGACAUACUGAAGAUGGUGGAAGAGAACAGCCACUGCUCCUUCAUCAUAGAAAUGCUGAAGUCUUUGCCAGCAGACGAGGUGCAGCGAAACCGGCAAGCCCGGAGCAUCUGGUUCCUAGACGCCCUCCUCAGAUUCCGAGCUCAGAAAGUGAUAAAAGGGAAAAGUGCCUUAGGACCUGGGACCCCGCACAUCAUCAACACCAAGCUGCUGAAGCAGUUCACCUGCUUGACCUACAACAACGGCAGUUUACGGAACUUAAUCUCGAGUUCUAUGAAGGCCAAGAUCACUGCAUAUGCAAUCAUCCUUGCCCUGCACAUAAAUAACUUCCAGAUUGACCUGACGGUGUUGCAGAGGGACUUGAAGCUGAGUGAGAAAAGGAUGAUUGAGAUAGCGAGAGCCAUGAGGCUGAAGAUCUCCAAAAGAAAGGUGUCCCUGGCAGAUGGCAGGGAAGAGGAUCAUAGACUGGGCACUCUGUCCAUCCCACUGCCUCCGGCCCAGACCUCAGACCGACAGUCGAAGCGGAAAAAAAUGAGCUAGAUGUUUUCCACAGCUACUUCUCUUCACUUCGUUCUUACUUUUUUAUUUUUUGAAAAAGAAAGUAGACUGGACCUUGUGGUACAUACCUAGAAGCCAAGAACUCAGGAGACUGAGGCAGGAGGAUUAUGAAUUCUGGGCCUGUCUGGGAUGCUGCCACGCUCCACCACACCUGCAAGGCCUUACUUUAGCAUGGUUACCAUGCCGGAAGCCAGCAUUCCAGUUAUCCGUCUCCUAUGCAGAAAUAAAACGAUGGCCCUGGUUUGACUUCAUCUCCCUCCUCUGGCGUUGCUGUGGUUUGAAGUGGUAGAUGUUUCUCCUUUGUAGGGUUUGGGAGGGUCUGGGGAAGUCAAAAGAUCUUAUCAGUCUGAACUUGGAGCCGGAAGUUAAUAAAGAGGACCUGGUGCCCA